UUCCGGUAUUGCUGUUGGCGGGUAGACGGGGUUUGCAAGCCGUGCUGCAGAGUGCUGAAGCUAUUGUAUUAUUUAGCACAAAGCUUUUUGGAUGGACAAAGAACCCAAACACUAGUAAAACCUUGAGUAGCUUGUUGGUCACAACAACCGGAGAUCGGUCUGUUAUUAACUUAAAACAGACCCGAAAUCACUAGUUGGUUAAUUGACCCUUGCGAGAAGCUAAUUCAAGAAGUUUUCAUCGUAACGACUUUUUAAUUUCACGUCAAGCUGGCGACUGUAGCAGUAAAGAAGGGCAAUAUGGAGGAGGAGAUGGAGCAGCAGCAGCCGCCGCCGCCGCCGCCCCCCGUAGUGCCUGAAACGCCAACAGCAACCACAGAAGCAAUAGCAACACCAGAGGAGGAAGAGGAGGAAGAAUAUGUGGUUGAGAAGGUUUUGGACCGUAGAGUGAUGAAGGGCAAAGUGGAGUUUCUACUGAAAUGGAAGGGUUUCUCAAAUGAAGACAAUACAUGGGAACCAGAAGACAAUUUGGACUGUCCAGACCUUAUUGCGGAAUUCAUGCGGAAGUACAAAGAGAAGGAGGAAAAAAAGAAGGAUGGCAAACGAAAAGUCAGCGGUGAGGCCGUCGGAGGUCCAGAAGACAAAGGGAGCAAAAAGAAGAAGGAGGAGGGUGAGAAAGUCAGAGGUUUUGGGAGAGGUCUGCAGCCAGAAAGAAUUAUUGGUGCGACAGACUCGAGUGGCGAGCUGAUGUUUCUGAUGAAAUGGAAGAACUCCGAUGAAGCUGACCUCGUCCCAGCCAAAGAAGCCAACAUCACUUGCCCACAGGUGGUCAUCUCUUUCUAUGAGGAGCGUCUCACAUGGCACUCUUAUCCUGCAGAGGAAGAGGACAAGAAGGAGGAGGAGAAAAAAGACUAGAUAAGUGGAGGUAUAUGCAAGAGAGAAAAUGAGGUGCAGGGUUGUAAUUAAAAGUACAGUACAUACACAUGUAAUAGCUUAGUUUACCGCAAUGGACCCAAGUGCAAAAACUCCAAGGAGUGGGGUGUUAAUUGCCACCAUUAAAUGUUUUUCCUGUGUUGUGAUACAUACAAUUUAUUAAAAUACUCCAACUUGCAUUAUGAUUAAUAAUAUUCUUAAACAUAUGUCGUCCAAUAACUGAUGUAGUGUUCUGCUUUCUUGCCAUGGGUUGAGUGUAGGGCAAAUUUGGUUUUGCAGUGAAACAAUCAAAAUCUUACAUAGUAUGCGCAAAGCUAUCAGUUCAUCUUGACUGAGUUGUGGCAAGCAAGUUGGGCUCUUUACGAAGGAUGCAUUUAAAUAAUGAUGGCAGACAUGUAAUUGAUGGCUGCAAAAGUCAAAUCAAGCUUUUUCACAACAUAAAUUACACUUGUCCCAGUACCACCAACUACUUUGUCCUCUUUUUGUACUUACAACGGUCAUUUAUGUAAGUCUUGUGACCUAUGUCACAAAGUGACUGAAUUAUUUGCUGUCAUGAUUUCUAAUGUGGGAACUCAACUAAGCUUUACUGUACUGAUUUUUCACCCAAUAAGGUGCUGUAAUGUAAUCAUAUUUGUUGGGAUAAUGUGAAGUUAGCAAGUCUUGUUGAUGUCAAAACGUAUGCAACAAUUUUGUUGUUGAACCUCAAAAGGCCAAGUUUUUAAAUCGAUUCACAAUUUUGAAUAAAUGAUGCAAUAUUUCCUAGUUUUAUUUGCAAAGUCUGAAACACUGAAAUUCGAUAUGCACAGCUAAACCAAAAUACAAGUACAAUUACUGGUUGUAACAAAAGGGCACUUUGGACAGAGGCGUAGCCAGGAAUUUUUCCAGUAGGGGCGCGCGCCCACAGGAAGAACAUCACCCACGCCGUUCGCUGAUCGCAGGGAGUCCUAACCGGGGCGCCGCCCCGGCUUGGCUACGCCUCUGACUUUGGAGUUCAGAUUCACAAUUCAAUAGAACUACAGCGGGGGGUUCUCCCACCUGGUCAACCUCACUCAUGCUUUAAUCUCCUCAUUCUAUUACUGAUGAGAUAUUCUGAUAUAAUUAUGGUAUAGAUUUAAUGUUUGGUCAGAAAAUGGUUAUUACAUCUAUUUCAGUUAGUCUACCCGAAAGGUUGUUUGUUGAUGAGACUUGAGUUUGCCAUCAAAUACAAAAUGAUAAAUUACUGACAUGAACAAUAAACUCAAUGCAUCUUCUAUGUCGGCUUGCAUGUUCACUCUUUUGAUGUAUGCCUUUUAUGUAAAUGUUCCAUAACAAGAACAGGAAAACCAUUUUGAAAGUUCAGCCGUGUGACCCUUUGGGUUUUUUGUCUUACCAUGUCAUCUUUUGAAACAAUUAGCUAAGGUUUCUAAGCUAUUGAGUAGAAUUGUUAUUUGCUCCACAGAUAUGAAAUGUAAUUUUUCUUUUAAGCCACUGAAAUAAAUACAAAUAACACCUGUACGUGUGCAUUUACAGAGAAACGUGGUCCCUAGUAACCGAGUCAUUCAAUGAAUGUGCUAAAUAUUGAAUCAAUAUGGAUUUUUUUUUUUUUUAACCAUUCAGCAAAAUGUGUACAAGUGCUGCCCACAAUUCUGAACAGUGAUCAUUCAGCAAUCAGCUUGUCUAAUUCUAUACUUUAAAUAGAUACUUUUUCUGCAAAACUUCUGUUCUACAUCAGUACUCUGAAGUAUUGUGAUGCAUUUUCUUGUCUCUUUUUCAUUUUUGCAUUCAUCAAAUUGGUAUAGUCAUCUUGCAUGUAUCUUAUUGUCACGAUUAUUGACUGAUCCACUUUCAAUUAUUAAACAAUAAAAAGUUUUUGAUUUUC